AUUCGGUGAAGUACCUGGAGUGUUCGGCUCUGACCCAGCGCGGUCUGAAGACGGUGUUUGACGAGGCUAUCCGGGCCGUGCUCUGCCCCCAGCCCACCAAGGUCAAGAAGAAGCCCUGCUCACUGCUGUAA